UGUUGCUGCGCCAUUGCUGGGCGAAAUAGUCAGUCGCAAAAAAUAACUGAGUCUCCCACACAGGUCUCUGUUUGCUCACUGGAAAUGUAGCAUAUCAAUGGUGCGCAAGAAAUAUGACUUCAACGGGUGUGUGUGUAUCUGUGUGUAAAAGAGUGUAGGCUACAGCAGAAUUCAAACGACAGAGCGGAGAAACAUGGCACAUUCAGUCUAGUUGCUGGUAGAUCUAAACCGGUUUUGGCGAACGACAGUAAUCUGAGAAUCUGGCCGGUUGCCACGCGUCUGAGAGAACUGCACCCACACAGCCAUAUAAGGUCAGAAGAAACGAUUUCGAACAUAGUGCUGUAUUUCGUUCAGGAUACUCAAAGGGGAUUUCAGACUUCUUCGUGCUCUCUCUAUUUCCCCUUCAAGAUAAUGGUUCGAUGUUGUAUUUCGAGGUGUUGAUCAGCUACUCAGAAGAUGUUACAUGUCAGACAAGCAAGAUGUAAUCCAUCCUAUAGACUCAGUUUGGAGGAACUGACAUUACCCUGACUUCUGUCUGACGGCGACCUGUUGGACCGUACAGAAGAGAUAUGACACAGAAAGGUACUAUGACAAGCAAUGGCACCGCUGAGAAGGGAGAAGAGCUCAAAAUUGUUAUUGUGGGUGAUGGGGGUUGUGGGAAAACAUCCCUUCUCAUGGUCUAUGCUAAAGGAGACUUUCCAGAGAAGUAUGCUCCGUCUGUGUUUGAGAAAUAUGUCACCACAGUCAAGUAUGGAGGGAAAGAGAUUAGACUCAACCUCUAUGACACAGCUGGCCAAGAUGACUACGAUCGUUUGAGGCCACUCUCCUAUCAGAAUGCCAACCUGGUGUUAGUCUGUUAUGACGUAACCAACCCCACCAGUUUUGAAAAUGUCUUAAUCAAAUGGUACCCGGAGGUGAACCACUUCUGUCGCGAUGUUCCUGUCAUUCUGAUUGGCUGUAAGAUUGACCUGAGAAAGGAUAAGGAACGUACCAGAAGGCUCAAAGCCAUGGACCAGGCUCCCAUUACUUACACACAGGGUGAGGAGACCAGGCAGCACAUGAGUGCUGAGCUUUAUCUGGAGUGUUCAGCCAAAUAUCGUGAAAACGUGGAGGACAUUUUCAGAGAGGCCACUAAAAAAGCCCUGGCAUCCAGCCGCAGAGCAAAACACCGUACGAGGAAGAGGCAUUGUGUUGUCCUGUGACCUCUUAGUGAAAGGAGAGAGGCUUGAAGUCAAUUGACACAACAGGACACCCUGUCCCCUGGUCUUACAUGUAAAAUCUACACCAUCUGCUGCUUGUCUAUUAUAAACAACUGCUUGUCACAUCCUGGGUCAACCUAAUUUAAUUUCAUCAAGAGCCUGUCUGGAGACACCAUCCCCAGCCAACUCAUGCCCUUGGAAUCUGGACAAUGAUAUUCAACACUGAACUAAUGUCUGCUAGGGUCGAGAUGGUAAUCCUGCUAGUUCUGUGGACGCAAGGUCUAUCCUGGGAUUCCAGAGUGGUUUUGUCUCCACGUUAGGCCAAAGUGGGAAUAUGAUAAAGUAGAUUGAGAUUGUGUACCAUAGAAUUUAGUCAAAUAUCCUUUUUAUCAGUGACUGAAUUGCUAUUUUUACUUUUAUAAAUAAUUUGUUGUACCCAUU